UGGAGUUGAGGUGAAGAGGCAGAGGCAGAGGCAGAAGAAGAGGAAGAGGAAGAGGAAGAGAGUUGACAAGCGAGAAGCGGGAAAGGGAAGCGCGGGGCGGCCCUCAUGUGACCCAAUCCAAGAGGAGCUAGUCCGGGGCAGGUAGUCAGCACUAGUCGGUAGUCACACACUCUCUCCCCCCGGCUGCUUUCUUUUCCUUCACCUCCUCAACGUCAUUCAAGCCUGUCACGACCGAUCACAGCCGAGCUGAUGAAUCGAAAGCCGCCUCCCCGACGUCAUGCCUGUGUCCGCUGUGUCCGCCUGAAGGUCCGAUGCGUGCCUGUGGGGAGCACCGGCACGUGCGUGCGCUGCACCCGGCUGGGCCAGUCGUGCACCCUCCCCGAUGCUCCCCAAGCCAAUAAACCCAGGAAGACCCGCAUUGAUGCUCUGCAGGAGCAAAUCGAUCAGCUGGCCGCGCAAUUGGGCCAGAAACCAGGCCACAUUUCCCACGAAAGUGCGCUCUCCAGCGCAACCCCAUCCACUCACCCGCCGGAUUCGCCACCACCUGUCCACCACCGACGGGAAAGCUCCCGACCCGGCGACGAGGCAUCGGGGGAACCCGUCCUGGGCGGGUUGGUCGGUUUCCGCGAGGCUGAUGAACUCCUGGACAAGUUUCGCACCCAAAAGAUGGCCCAGUUUCCAUUUGUCAUGGUUGCCGCGGACAUGGACAUCGAGAGUCUUCGCCAACGGUCGCCAUUCUUGCUACUGUGCAUCGUCACCGUUUGCAUGGAACACAAGCCUCUCCUGCAACACAAAUUGGAGGCCCUCGUCAGAGAGACAGCGGCCACUCGUCUCAUUGUAAAGAGCGAACGGAAUAUCGAUCUCCUACUUGGCCUACUUGUGCAUUGUGCAUGGUUCCACUACCACUGGCGGACUACACAUAUCCACAAGUACAUGUUGCUCGAGAUGGCUCACAUGGUGGUGGUCGAUCUGGGGAUUGACAAAGACGAGAACAUCCGGAUGCAGCCGAUCCCCCAGGAAGGCGCAGACACUCAACGGCAUCAUCAGAACCCCACUGAGCAGCGGGCUCUACUCGGCUGCUACCAUCUGUGCUGCACAUCAACAUUAUUCCGCCGACAGGUGACCAUGAGGCACACCAGAUGGAUUCAGCAGUGCGUGGAGGACCUGGCCCGCAAGCCGGAAUAUCCUAGCGAUGUCAUUCUUGGGGACUAUAUCAUUUCCAGCAAUUUCCUGCGACACACCCAGUGUGUUUUCGAUGAGGAUGUGUGCCUCUGCUCCUACCACCCUCGGGAUGCGUCUUGGGAGCAGAUUGUGGAAUCCAUCGAACGACAAGAACGGCAAACUGACGAACAGCUAUCCCGUCUCAGCCAGAGCGAUAAUUGGGCCCUCCGUCUCGAACUCGCCGCACUCACGACCUUGACCCUGGGUCAGGCGGUCCAACGCCGCAGGGAUAUCUUUCGUCUCCGGGAGGUCAACCGGCUGCAAUAUCUCACUGCAUCGGCGCACCGAGUCCUUGCUACCUACGUGGAGAUCCCAGCUUCCGUGGCUGUGCAUCUGCCAGCUUCAUCGUAUUAUACCAUUUGGUACGUAAUGCUGGUCCUUGCCAAGGUGAGCUUGCUGUUCGGGAACUACAACCACCCCACUCCAGAUAUCGACAGCCGGCGGGUUCACGAGGCCGUGCUUGCAACCAUGCGAAAGAUCGAUACCCUCUCUCUCGGGGAUGACAUCUGGUCGAACUGUCGAGUGAUCAGCAUGGUGGCAUGGCUGGAGAAGAACAAGAAAGAGGCGCAGCGUCAGUGCAGUAUCAGCCAUGUGGUGCAGCAUACGGAUGAUGGUUACGGCCCCGCGCGCCCUUCCGUCUCCUGGCAGGGCCCUCCUGCUCCGAUGAUAUUCGAAGCCCAACCUCACUGGGCACCGGCCCACCUGCCCGUCCAGCCUGGGCCUGCCGUAUACCUUGAAGGCCUUAUGCACAAUGAUUGGGACACUGGCAUCUGGCGGCAGACGUUGGAAGCAUUUACCAUGUUUGGACCCCCGACCCCACAAAGCCAGAUGGGGGUGCCGUCGCCGGUGGUCAUCUGAUGCCCCACGGUUUCACAUUUAACCCGAGCGCGUGGAUGUUCAAAUUCUAGGGACUACGAGCUCCCCCAGUUUGAACGUAUGCAUAUGAAUCAAGAUUCUGUGGGCUGGGCCCG